AUGUGGAUGGGCAGUAAAGAGCACUACGAUCGUGGUGUGAACACAUUCUCUCCAGAGGGUAGAAUCUAUCAAAUCGAGUACGCCAUAGAAGCAAUCAAGUUCGGAUCAACUGCUAUCGGAAUCAGAACUAACGAGGGAGUCGUGCUUGGAGUUGAGAAGAAACUGCCAUCUAAGCUAAUGGAGCCAGCUAAGUCAGAGAAACUAGUUGAGAUCGAUAGACACUGUGGCUGCGCAAUGAGUGGUAUUGUUGGAGACGCAAGAAUCUUGGUUGAUCAUGCAAGAGUCGAAGCUUAAAAUCAUCGUUUCAACUAUGCUGAGGCAAUGAGUAUUGAAUAAAUUACUGAGGCAGUCAGUGACUUAGCUAUUAACUUCGGAGAAGGCUAUGAAGGAACUAAGAGAAAGCCAAUGGCCAGACCAUACGGUGUUGCAUUAUUAAUUGCUGGAGUUGAUGACAACGGCCCACAGCUUUAUCAAACAGAUCCAUCAGGAACUUUCCUUCAAUGGUAAGCUAGAGCAAUUGGCUCAGGCGGUGACACAGCAAUGACCUAUAUUAAGGAGUCAUAUCACAGUAACAUGACUCUAGCUGAAGCAGAGAAGCUUGUAAUGUAGACUUUGAAGAGUGUGAUGGAAGAAAAAAUUCAGUCAGAUAAUGUUGAGAUCUCCAUUGUGAGAACUGACACCAAGAGACUCGAAACCAGAACUUAGGAAUAUGUCAACAAUAUCAUCUCUACCCUAGCAUGA